UUUUUAAUUAUUUUUCCUAGGUGCUCUGAUGCGUCUGGUUGCCGUUGUUCUUGAUAAUGCGGGAGAAAUUUCAAAUUCGACCACAAAUAAUAAGCAAUCUUCUCUCUCUGAAGACCUUGCACCAGCCCUUCAAGAUGUCAUAAGUUACUCAGUGAGCAUUGGAACCGUGGAUCGGUUGGCAGUGUACUGCGGUGGAGUGCGCGACCCAGUCGAUGACGACCCACACACCGCCUCAUUCCUCCUCUCUGCCAUCCAACUCAUAACGGCAUUCUCAAGCCUUCGAUCGGGCUGCACAAACAGCAACAGCGCCGUGGACCCGACGCAGCUGGUGGCAACAUUGCGUGCGACUGAGCUGAUGGGCGCCGUGUCGCUGCUCUAUGGUAUGCUGAUGCAUCAGGGCGCCCCACCCCCGCCACGCCUCCGCCCCCCCUACCCACGCACACUCUCGCCGUCGCCGCAGCCACCGUCAAGCUGCUCAACACCACUGCCAAAAUGCAUCUGCCCAUGUUUCAG